GUUGUUUGGUCAUCUGCUUAAAGAAAACAGACAAUUUUUUACAUGAAACUAAUGGCAAAAAUUUAUUUUGAUAAAGUCUACAAUAAUUUAUAGAUAAUUUAAGGAAAAAGAUUGAUACUUAUUUUAAAUAAAUUAUUGAACAAGUGCUAUUUAAUAAAAUAAUGUCUUUUAACACGCGAAACGCUAAUAAUAUACGCGAUGAUUUUACCAGUAAUAAUAUAACGGGAGGAAAUGGUAGCGGUGGGAUUAGUGGUAUUUUACGUAAAGUGUCUGGCCCGACCGCCGGUAAUACUUCCUCCAUCGUUUCCUCAGCAACAACAACAACAGCAACAACCAUUAAUAUUAAUGUAAAUCAAAAUGAGUCGCGUCAAGUCGAUUUAUUGGUUUUUGGUUAUGCUUGUAAAGUAUUUCGUGACGAUGUCAAAGCAUUGGAUAUCGAUCAGGGGAAACAUUUAAUACCAUGGAUGGGCGAUCAUAAUCUUAAAAUUGACAGGUAUGAUGUGCGUGGUGCUCUUUACGAUUUAACACCAUACGAACCUCCGCCGGGAGGUUAUGGCAAUCGUCUCGAUUAUCUUACACCGGAAGAGCAGCGGGCCGAACAGUUAUGCGAAGAGGAACGUUACUUAUUUUUGUACAACGAUGAACUGGAUUUCAUAACUAAUCAAGAAGAGGAAUUGAAACGUUUGCAACAGGAAACAAACGGUGCCGGUUACAGUCAAGUGGAUUUCGCUUACGAUCGUCAAUCAAUGCAAACUGAAUCGGCCCUGAUCACGUCGCACGGUCAGAGUCGUGAAGAAUACAUGCCGUCGCCCACAAACGAGGAGAGCGAACAGCAGGUCUUUCAAAAACCCCAUAAUUUUGAGGUACCAGCGCAUAUUCAAUUGCCGGAAACUAUGAAACAACAUGCAAUCAUUGAGAAGACCGCCCGCUUUAUAGCUUCUCAGGGUGUGCAAAUGGAGAUCUUGCUGAAGGCUAAACAAUCUAAUAAUGUGCAAUUUGAAUUCUUGGCUCAGAAUAGUUCGUUAAACGCGUACUAUAAGCAUGUUGUAAAUGCUAUUAAAAAUGGUACAUAUCCUAAGGCGCAGGCGACGAACGUGCCAAGCCCUCAGCAAUCAAUUGCAGAUGAUCAGAGCGCUGAGUCGGAGAUUAGUGGCGCUGUCGUAACAGUUGCAAAACCUAUUAUUACCGUACCGACAAUUAAGUACAAGCCAUCAGUUGAUUGUGUCUACACUCAAUUAAUUAGUAAAAUAAAAGGCGUACCAUUGCCGGAACUACACGAAGAUACCUCACGACAAAGUUGUGGUUCUCAAACGGAGCAUAGUAACGUUGCUUCGCCCUGCACAACUCCGGUAUUGUUACAAUACAACGGGACAACGUAUCUGCCCGAACAUGAAGAGAAUUCUAAUUCAGAUUCGGUUACAAAUAAGGCAGCUUCAGCCACUUCUGCUGAAUUGCUGCAACCACAAGUUGAAGUUUUGAAAAAUUCCAGUGCUUUAGCCUUAGCUCAGAAUUACAGCUCGGAUUCGGAAACCGAGGAAGAAUUGUCGGCUAAAAAGGAAGCACCUGAGCCCCAAUUAGAAUUCCCAGUGCCAAUAGAGAAUUUGAAAAAUAUAAUCGACAAGACUGCCUUGUAUGUUGUCAAGAAUGGUCGUAAAUUCGAAGAAACUCUUUUAACAAAAAGUGAAGAACGUUUCACAUUUCUAUUGCCGAAUAAUGAAUAUUAUCCAUAUUAUUUGUAUAAAAUUACCGGUGAUCCGAACGCGGCGUCCAAGGAGCAGAAACAACGUAAAGCGGCUGCAGUAGCGGCAGCUUUAUUAAGUAAAAAGGGUCUGACGGGAGAGAAAAAUUCAUCAACGCCGGUGUCCUUCUCAAUUAAAUCUAAAGAUGAGACUAGCGCGGGAACAUUGCAACAACCUGUCUUACCACAAGAUCAUAGCGACGACGAAGAUGUUGCUUCUGCUGCCCUUGGUAAGACGGCACAGCAGAAUCGUCAAGUGCCCGAGCAUGUACAGAAAGCUAUACAAUUUGUCGAAUCGCAAUUAAUGGCUAGAAAUGCUAAAUUAGCCGCUGUCGUUACAGCAUCUCUAGUUAGUCAACCUUCUGCUUUGGCAUUGACAAAGUCGAGUCUUUCGACAGCACUCGCAACGAGUUAUAGUAAAACAACUACAACAAGUACUUCAACAAUUGCACCGAUACGUAAUGAAAAAUCUCAUAUAUCUUUGGCGAAAACGGAAGCAGAAAGAAAUGCUAUCUACGAGCAGCAGCAGCAAAACAAGCACAAAGAAAUGAAGAAAGCUGAAGAGAAAGUAAAAGAUAAACUGGCACAAAUUGCUCGCGAGAAACUCGGUGGUUUAAUAUCGAAAGAGAAACAAUUGCAAUUAGAGCGUAAACGUAAAGCGAUGGCAUUUCUAAAUCAAAUCAAAGGCAUUUCUUCGGUCGAAGAAGCUGAACAAAACCUGGAACAUAACGAGGAUUUAGAAAAACCCGAAGAUGAUGGCAAUGUUACUGACGAUUCGGAAACUUCAGUACAUUCCAUACCGAUUACUUCAUAUGGACCAGAAGGCAAUACGGACGAUGAUGAACAAGAAGAACAGAAAAUGCUAACAGCAGCUCAUAAAGUUAUAGUACCAAUACAAGACAAAGAAAUCGCCGCAGCAACAAGUAACUCGAAGACUUCGACUCAAGAGAGUAUGUCAUUGCGAUCACUAUCCAUAACGGUAUCUGAUGAUGAAGAUGUACAAUUAGUAAGUGAUACAAAAAGUCGAAAGGACUUUAAAAGACGUUCUCGAUCCAAAACUAGGGAGGGGGAAACCCGUGUUUUGUCGGCAAACGUGAAGUCUUAUAAAAAACAUUAUCGUCUUCAUUCUAAUGUUUCGCGUUCCGCUUCAGCGAGUUCGGCAAGCUCGAAUGAAAGGCGCAGUCAUAAGAAACGUAGCAGCAAAUCACAUAAAGGAAAAAAAUCGAAAUCGAAAAAAUCAACAAAAAGUAAAAAGAAAACCAAAAAGUAUGCACGUUCCCGAUCAAAGUCACGAACGCGAUCAAGAUCGCGUAGCUAUCAUCAUCAACAUCGUGACAAUCAUCCGCAUCAUCGACAUCGCGAACGCAGCGUAAGUCGUCAUAAAAGUCAACGGAAUCGAAGCAGUUCAUACAGCAGUACUUCAUCAGAAUCGCGCGUCAGCUCCUCAAGUCAUCACUAUCAAAAGCGUAAACAUUCGUCUCAAAAAGCUAAUAAUUCUAAAUACAGUUGCAGCAAUUCCGACAGCCAUAAGGAUGUGAAAAGAAGCCGUUACGAUUAGAUAUUACGUUAUUAAUGUGUUAGAAAUUAAGUACAACAGAGCGAGAAGAAAUUUUUUUUUAGUAAGCAUGUUUUU